AUGAUACUUGUGAAAAAGAAAUCAACACCCCCUUAUAUCAUUUCAACUUUAGGAAACGCGAUGGAAACGCUUAUGUUUUUCCUUUUAUUUGUGAUGUCAAAUAUGGUUUUGAGCACAAAGUUAUCCAAUGAUCACUUGUCUCGACACAGUGGUGGUGGCCAGCUGGUGGAGCUGUCGUCAAGCUACUGUUUGAGUUGGAGGUUGGCCACCGAGACAAACAACUUACAUGGGUGGCGUACUGUCCCCAUUCAAUGUCUCCGGCAUGUUGAGGCAUACAUGAUUCGUGGGCAAUAUGAUUCUGAUAUGAAAUUGAUCGUAGAUGAGAUAAGGAAUUAUAUCGAUCAGCUUGUUUUAUCUGACGAUGGAAUGGAUGCAUGGAUCUUGGAUGUCGAUGAAACUUGUCUUUCAAAUCUCUAUUAUUAUGAAGGGAAGCGGUUUGGAGGGGAUCCAUACGACCCACAUGCAUUCAAGGAAUGGGCAUUGAUAGGAAUCUGCCCUGGGAUUCCAGCGAUUCUGGGAUUGUUUAGGAAUCUGGUGGAGAGUGGUUUUAAGGUGUUCUUGAUCAGCGGCAGAGAUGAAACGGCAUUUGGGCUAGUCACUGUUCAGAAUUUGCACCUUCAAGGAUUUUUUGGCUUUCAACGGCUCAUUUUGAGGAGUGAAGCAUACAAAGGGCAAAGUGGUGUGGUUUACAAAUCAGAAAUAAGAAGGAAACUGGUGGAAGAAGGGUACAGGAUAUGGGGAAAUGUUGACAAAAUGAUCGGUUUGUUAAUCGAUGGUAAGCAGUACUCUUUGGAAUGGUCAUCACUGCUAGAAAAAGCAGCGGUUCCGACGGCAUUUUCCAUCGGAAAUCUGCCAGUACCGAUGGAUUUAAUUACAUCAGAAAAAAGCUGA